UCCUUUGCAUCCCAUCAAUGAAAUCAAAGGGGUAUGGGAASGACUCCCAAGAAUUUGCAAAGACAAAGGAUUCAUUGAAGAUGUACGCAAUCCAAGGAGUUUUCGCUUUUCUUGUAUUUUUGAACAUCUUUAGAAAUUGCGUCGGGUUACCUGGACCCUGUACGUACAAAAACGAUGCAGGUCCUUGCAUGGGGUAUUUUCCAAAGUUCUAUUAUGACAUGGAGUUGUCUACUUGCAAAAAAUUCAUUUACGGAGGAUGCGGAGGAAAUGCAAACAGGUUCGAAACCAUUGAGCAGUGCAAAUCUACUUGCACAUAAAAGAAAUAGGUACAGAUGAAGAUUUAUCUACACGUGGUGCUAUUGUGAAAAUAAAAACGUUAAUUUAAAGGAAAUAUAGAGUUGGAAAAUUACUGAGCUUUAUCAUCAAUCAUUAGUUACGUGUAAUCCUAUGCACUGUUCUAUUGGUAUUAAGUAAAUCUACUGAUUAAACGCUUUUUUGUUA